AUGGCAAUGGUGUCGCUGCGGGCUCCGCUCUCAUGGAAGCCAGGAAUUCAGCUUGACCAUAGGGAGAGUGGCGAUGUCGAGGCCUCAGUUGGCCGGGCAGGGCUUUUGCUAGCCCGCAGACGAUGCAAUGUUGCCAGGUGUGCUGUUCACCGGCGUACCCGACGCAUCCGGGCUAACUCGCGACCUCAUGGAGGAGUUUCAAGAGCGGUUAGCGCUUUCGGAGCUUAUGGUGCAUCUACGGACGCCGGCGACUUGACAGAAGUGAUGGACUUCUCGAACAACCCUCUCAGCCAAGCUUGUCGUCGUCUGCGGUUGGAGAGUGCGGACGAGCUACAAGACCUUAUCGCGUCCUUAAUACUGAGCGAAUGUGUAUACAAGAAGCUAGAGCUUGACGAGGCAGGCGUCGUGGCCAAAGUCACAGAGUUUGUGUCCAGCUUUCCGCCGGGCUGGGUCGAGCUGCAGGCGGUGCAACUUAGCCUGUCAGGCAUCCCCCAGCACUACCUCAUCGCGACAUCCCCCACCUCCAUGUAUGUGGCCUUCAUGGGCACCAAGCAGUUCCAGGACAUCCUCGCUGACGCCAACUUGCUGCACACUCCCGUCUGGGCUGAGUCUGCGCGCCUGGCUGCGGACCGGCAGUCCAUUCCGGCGGCGCAUCGCGGCUUUCUAGAGCGCGCUCGCGCAAUCCAUGUGGAGCAGCUGUACGAGCUGGCGGUCAGUCGGGGGCUGCGGCUGGUGUUGUGCGGCCACUCGCUGGGAGGAGCUGUCGCCAAGCUCUGCACGCUGCGUCUGCUACGAGAGCUGCCCGACUGGCCGCGUCCGCGUGUGCGCUGCAUCGCCUUUGCCACCCCGGCCGUCGGUAACGCAGCGCUGGCGGAGCUUGUGGAGAGCGCAGGGUGGGCCGGCCAUUUCGCCACCUACUACCUUCCCGAGGACCAGCUGGUGCGUCUCAUCAGCUUCUCCCAGGCUAGGACCUCCCCCGGCAGCAGCAGCGGAGGCACCAGCAGUAGCAGCGGCGGCACCGGCAGUAGCAGCGGGGCUGCGGCUGGUAGUGCGGCUGCUGCUGGUGUCUGUAGGAGGGGCGAUACGGCGGCCGGUAAUGGCAGCGGUGGCCGCAAGGGCAGCCGUGCCCGUGCGGGGCGGCACCGGAAGGGGAAGGAAGGAUCUGGUGCUGGUGCAGGCGUAUCGGGUACUGGUGCGGGUGUGGUUGGAGGGGAGGGCAUGGGGCUGCUGCCGCCGCCGCCGACACGUGCGGCGGCUGCUGCCUCUGCAGCCGAGCCCGCGCGCCUGGACAAAGCGGCUCUGGGAAGAUUGAACACCGCAGCUGCUACAGCUGCUGCUGCUACAGACGUGCAGCAGAUGCAGCUGCAGCCGCAGGCACAGCUUCCUAAGCAUCUGGCACGCGCACCAUCGGCGUCGAGCAUCGCUAGCAGCAGCUCCUCAAGCUGCGCCAGCGGGGAUACCACCACUAGCAGCACGGACGUGAGCAGCACUGGGCCUAGCAUCCGUCGCCACCGCCGCCGCGACGACAGCCUCAGCUUCGGCGGUGCUGUGAUGUCGCUGGAAUCUCAGAACGACGCGUACUGCUCCUCCGCGUCCUCUUCAUGUUCGCCCAUCAGUCGGUCUGUCAGUAUCGGGGAUCGUACCAGGAGCAGCUGCAGCAGCGGCGGCGGCGGCGGCGGCAGUGACGCAGGCAGCCUAACGGGCUACAUACCCCUGCAGACGCGGGCAGCAGCGGCGCUGGCGGCGCAGGAGCAUGGGCGCAGCGGCGGCGGUGGUGGUGGUGGUGGUGUGGGCCGAAUGUCGUUGGUGGAAAGCCUUGAUGAAGACCAGGUGGGAGUGGCGUUGGCGAUGGAAGAGAUCCUGUCGCCUGGACCUGACGAACUGGAAGCAGCGGCCGCAGCCGGCGUGGCGCUGUCGGGCCAGACGCCGAUGGACCUGGCGGCAGCGCAACGGGAGGCGUUGUACGGCAACGCUGGCGGCAGCUGGGGGCUGCGGCUGGCGCUGGGGCGGAAGCGGGUUAUGAGGCGGCUGCGGCGGCUGGCGGCUAGGGCUCGGAUCCCCCUACCUAAGGCUCUGCUUCCGGUGUCUCGCUAUCAUACUUUUGGGGCGCAAUGGUUUCUGACGGAGCACGGUGCGCUGUCGCCUGAGGAGCUGGAGAACCAGCUGCGGGCACAGCGGGAGCCGGACCAGCAGCUGCAGCAGCUACAGCAGCCUGUCCACCAGCAGCAGCAGCAGCAGCAGGCCAUGAGUUCAGUGGCAGGGCCAGCGAUGGCAACACCUGCAGCAGCAGGGGCGACAGCAGCAGCAGGAGGUUCAGCCCCACCGGAGGCCGCCCGGGGCUUCUUCUCCUUCCACCGGAUGGUCGCCUACAGGCAACGUUACACCGACCUCAUAUCGCGGCUCAUGCGGGAUGAUGCUGAAGGAGUAGUAGGAGUAGCUGAGCUGAAGCGUCCACAGCUGCCCGCGGUGACGGCUGCGGCGGCGGCGGCGACAGCUACAGCUGCCGACGAUCUGGUGCAGCUACAGCAGGGGGGUGUCCCCCAAGGGGGCAACGCCGCUACUGCCAACAUGUCGACGGCGGCGGUGGCAGUCGCCGACGCCAUGUCGUGCGCGCCGCCGCACUCGCUGGCAGCGCCGUACACCUGCACCGUGCAGCUGUGCGACAGCUUGCUGCCCCGCAUUUCCGUACAGCGCGCCGUGCUCCAGGGGGUGCUGCCGGAGUCCCGAGUAGUGUCUGCUGCCGCCGCCGCCGCCUCCGAGACCGCGCCUGCGGAGGCCUUCCAAACGAGGGCCCAUGCCAAAAGCCACCACCAACACCAAGGCGACAGCCUCACGCGUCUGUCGCCAGGAGAGGAAGGUCAGCAAAGUAGCGCGCUAGCAGCCAAACGAAGAGCGGGCUCUUAUCCAGCUGGUGGAGAUAUCAGCAGCAGCAACAGCAGUGGCGGUGGCGGCGGCGGAGGCGCGCCGGCGGGACGCUCUGGGGAUGCCGCCGCUCGUCCGCCCGCACCUGUGGCGCCGGUGGUUGGCCACCUCCUCCGCUGGGUGUGGGGGAGUGGCGGCGGAGGCGCGGGCGUGUACAGAAGCCCCGGCAGCGGCGUUGGCCGCGCGCGCGGUAGCCCGGAUGAGCUUGUACGUCUGGAUCUUGAACUGGAGGGGCACAACUUACAGUACUGUCGUAAAGUCUCUGUGAUGCUGGUUCGAGAUGGCGUCGUCGGCACCGCCCCGGUGGCUUGUGCUGGUAAUGUGAACGCUGAUGCAAGUGCAAGUACAAACGCUGCGAGUCAGGCGGGGCCGGGGGCGGGGGCGGCGGCGGCGGCAGCUGUCGGCGGGCAGGUACAGGCGCGUUGGGUGCCAUUUCCAGCGGCGUUGGGCGGCGGAAGCGUUGUAGCGGGGGACGGCAGUAGCAUUCCAGGUGCAACGGCGGCGGGUCGCGUCGUUGCCCCGAGGCAGAAUCAACAGCCCGGUGCGCUGUCCUCGGCGCCACAGCCGACGGCGGCGGCGGCGUCGCAGCUGACGGCGAUGACGGCAAAGGCAACAGCGGAUAUGUCACCUCCUCCGCUGGCGGCUUCAUCCCCUGCCGUACGCUUGCCCGGCCACACAAACCCCGGCCCCAUGGCUGCCGUGCCGUCCUCCUCGUCAUCCGCCACGGCAGUCCCGUGCGAGGUCGUACAAGUCCUGUACGCUCAGCCGUACAGUGACGAGGCCAACCCGCCGCCGCUGCACCCAGUGUCGCUCUUCCGAAACACGUUGCACCACUUCGCCGGCAACUUCAUGCGCCGCUGUCGCCCGCAAGGGCAAGGUCAGGACCAGGGCCAAGUGGGAUGGGGUAGCUUCGCAAGCCUGGCAGCGACGAGUGCCACGCCAGCCUCCGCGCCGUCGUCGGCAGGCGCUGGCGGCGGCUCUGGCCCCCUCAUGGCGCCGGCGGCUGCCGGCAUGAAUGGCCACGUGGGGCCCUGGCGGCGCUUUCGCUUUCAGCAGCAAAACAAUCGGCCAGCCAGCAAUAAUACCGCUGCAAUUACCGAGGGGGUCGCUGGCGGCGGCGUCGGUGGCGGCGGCACCGUUAACGCGCCGCCAGGGCGGCACACCAGCAGCAGCAGUUGUGUCAAGGCUAGAAGCGACGAAUGCGCCAGCUUUUCCAUGUCGGGCAGGUCUCCAGGCGGCUUCAUUGGCGGCAUGGCGGCGACUCGAACCGAUGGCGCCGCCGCCGCCGCCGCCGCCGUGGCGACGGAUGCGGUCGUCGCGAUGCCCAGUCGUUUGCUGCUUCGGGUGACGUUGCCGCUAUCCGUUGCACAAGGCCUUUUGGAUGGCACACUGCCGGCACGUUUGGUAGUGUCCGCACGGAGUGAUUUCCACGCGCUGAGUGACGUACCGGUUGCCGUACACCGGCCGCGGGUUGCAAUCCUCGGCACGUCGCCUUACGCAGCGUCUCUUGUGCAAGCUGCGCUGUCGGCGCCGGCGGCAUUGGCGGCGUCGAGAUUGGACGCGCGGCAUCCCGCGGGGGGCACCGCCGGCGGCGGCGCCUUGGGCGCCUCCGCCGGCUUAGCGGCAUGGGUACCGCCGCCGGUGACGUGGGCGCUGUCUGCCGUAUUUAGUGCCGUGGCGACGGCGAAUGUCCGUCGGGCUGCUACCGCCGCCGCCGGCGCGGCGGCCGUGGCGAGGGCUGGAACGAUAGCUGCUUCACAGGCAGGGACAGCUGGCUCAGUGCCAUCGGCGUCGUUGCCACCGCCGCCGCCGCCGGCUCCGGCUCCGUCAGCAUCAGCUGCGGGAGCAGCGGCGCCGCUUCCGAGUGCUCGGCCUGGCAGCUCCUUAUCUGCUCGGACCCAUAACACCCUUGGAACAAAGCCGGGACCGGCGGCAGCCGGCGUGAAGGCGGCGGGCCAGCGAGGCAAGGGAGGUUUUGCACCUUGGUGGAUUCGCCUCGCGGCCCAAGGCCGCGUGCUUCGUGUUCGGACCCGCUGGGGGAUUCGGCAAAGCCUAGCUGCGGCGGCGGUGGGCGCGGCGGCGGCAUCAGCCGCUGGCGCCACCGGCGCGGCGGCGGCGGUGGGUGCAGCGGCCGUCGUCGCGAGCACGGUAGCAGCGUUUCACUCCGACGGCGGCGUGUCCGUGUUUGCGAACGCGGCCGUGACGAUGGCGGCGGUCGUGGCGGCCGCAGCAGCGGCGGCGACGGCGUUCACCGGCAGCGAGGUAGCGGUCCUCGUCGCUGCGGCGGCGUCUGCAGCGGCGGUCGCAAUGGCCGCCGCCACUUCCUCCGGCGUCGGCAUAUCCAGCGAGCAGCCUUCGCCUCCGCCGCCGCCGCCACCUAUGACGACGCCACAACAGCAACGACCUGCACCGUCGAAGGAAACAGCCACAGCACCCGGCAAGUCUCCCCCAGCGGCAUUGCUGCUGCGUGCCAUUCCCCAUGGCCUGCCGAUAUCUAUUCCCGCGCCCCGGCUAGGGCCGGCCUCGUCACGUACCGCAGCGGGUACGGCAUCGGUAUCGGCAGGCACAUCCGCGGCGGCGUCAGCGCCUGGCCUCGCGUCUGUUUCGGAGUCGCGGACUGGGUCAACGUCGCAGUGGGGGCCCCCUCGUUGGGUCCUCCGUUUUGGCGCCGCCGCUCAGGCAGCCAGCGGCCGUGCCCAGCAAAACCGCAGUACAGGCUCCACGAAGACUACGUCGUCAGCCACACAGCUCUCCGCUGCGGCUGCGGAGUCGUCGCGUCGCUCCGGGCCCUGGUUCCCGCCACCGCUAGGAGGUACGGCAGCGCAGCUUCGUCGGAUGGCGACGGCACAGCCCGGAACUGGCGCCACGGCUUCGGUCGCAGUUGCCGCCGAUGUGCAGCCCACCCGGGGUCGCGGCGGCGGCGGCGGCGGCGGCGGCGGUGGAGUCGCCGCUGCGGCGGCAGUGUCCCUGGCACAGCUACGAUCGCAGCUCCUUCGCAGGUUGACGGCCGGCUCGGGCCGCGCGGCGCUCCCACUUCCGCCGAGGGUACUGUCCGACGGCUUGGAGCUUUGCAACGUCAUGGUCGAGCCGGCAAGCAGAACUUGGGGCUCCGGCCGCAGCGGUAGCGGCGUCGCUAUCGCCGCUAACGCUGCCGGGCAGCGGCACCUGCUGCCGCUGCGACGGCCGCGUGGUGGCAGCGGCGGCGCUCCGGCGCCGCCGCCGCCAGCCCAGCUAGAGCUGGUACCAGCGGCGCAGCUGUGGAGGGGCCGCUGCUAUGGCAGCAGUCCUGCGGGAGGAGAAGCCCCGCAGUCGAGUACUGCUGCAGCCGCUCCCGCCCCCGCCCCCGCCGCCCCCGCAACAAAUUCCGUUUCUGCGGCAGUAGCACCUGGCGUUCCGCCAGCCUCGCUGCUAUUGGGACCUGGGGCGGCCGCCGCCGCGGCAGCUCGCCUCGCGGUGGGCGGCGCCGCGACGGCCGCGGUGGCGGCGACGGCGGCGCUGGGUGACAUGCCUUUUUUUCACGGCGGCCCACGUGGGGCCGACCGCUCCGAGCUAGUGGGUGUGGCGCCGUUCGUGGCUGUACAGCGGAUGGAGGAGGGGCUGCGGCGGCAGGUGCUGCAGCGAGGUCUGUGGUGGCGUGCGCUGCUAGGGGGAGUGGUGGGCGCCCUGCUGCGGCCCGUGGCGCUGGUGGGCAUGCUUGGCCGCUUGCCCGGCUGGGGGCUGCAGGUCCUUCGUCGCGGCCAUUCGGGUGCCGGCGGGCCCGUAAUGUCCCACGGGUCGUCAGCCACAUGCCAUCAUCGUCAUCAUCAUCCGCUGGAGACGCAACCCGGAGGAGAGCGUCCUCCUUCUUCUCCAGCUCAAGCAGGGUCGGUUGCUGCAGCGCCUGGCGGCGGCAGCGGCGCCUCCACCACCGCCACCGCCUCCGCCAGCCCGCCUCCGCGUACCUCAUCCUCUGACUGGGGCGUGCUGGUAGUAGUGGCGAGCUGCCGUGAUCCGCUACGAGUGCUGCGCAGUCGCGACAUGGAGGCGCUCCGAAACCGCGCAACCGAGGCGGCCUGCCCGCUGGUUCCCGUGCUGCUGACGUGCGCUGAGUCACCGCCGGGCCGUCGGGCAGCGGCGCUGCGAACAUUGGCGGCUGCCUGCGGUGUAUCGGUAUCGGAGGUCCGGGUGGUGAGGCUAGACGCCGCGCUGCUGCACCAGCCGGCGGCCGCCAUCCCGCGUGCUGACCUGGCGGCUGUCUGGCAGGGAAGAGGGGAUGUGGCGGCCUUCCAGCGACCCCCUAAGGCGCCAAGCAACCGUGUGCUGAGUGUGCUGAGUGUGGGGGUUCAGGGGCUCAGGGCUGUGGUGGUAGUGCGGCCCUCCCACAACCCCACCGCGGAUCCAGGCCAGCAGCCACACAUGGCCCCCUAA